AAGCUACCCCUGCCUCCUAGCCUGAAGAGCAAUCAAGCUUCGAAAUCUCUUCUAGUUGUGACACAGAAAGAGGGGAAGAAAACAACCAUGACUUCCACAAACACCCAGAUCAUCUCUUAUUCUCCUUCUUCUUCUUCUUCUUCUUCUUCUUCUUAUUGAGUUUCAGAGGAGAAGACACCCGCCAUGGUUUCACAGAUCAUCUUUAUGAGGCUUUGAUUUCCUAUGGAAUUCGCACCUUUAGAGAUGAUGAAGAACUGAAGAGAGGAGGAGUAAUUGCAUCUGACCUGCUGAAAGCUAUUGAAGAAUCAAAGAUUUUUGUGAUCAUUUUUUCGGAAAACUAUGCUGCCUCUAGGUGGUGUCUAGAUGAACUCGUGAAGAUCAGUGAGUGUGGGGCAACCGAGGGGCGACUGAUUCUACCAAUUUUCUAUCAUGUGGAUCCAUCCCAUGUGCGGAAGCAAAGCGGGAGUUAUGAAAAGGCAUUUGUUGAUCACGAAAAGGAAGCAGAUGAGGAGAAAAGGGAGAAGAUUCAAAAGUGGAGAAGUGCCUUGGCAAAAGUUGGCAAUCUUGCUGGAUAUGAUCUACAAAAAUAUCAGGAACGAAAGCAGUUGAAGCAAUAUUUCUAGACAUGUGUACAUCAAGAGAGAUCUCAUUUACUACUGAAGCUUUCAAAGGAUGGAGAGACUUAGAUUAUUAAAAAUUUAUUGGAGUUCGGGUUUUCUUAAUUAUAUGGGAAAACAGUGUCAAAAGCUCCUCCUUCCUGAAGACUUUCAAUUUCCUUCAGAUUAUUUAAGAUAUCUUCAUUGGGAAGGAUACUCUUUGAAAUCCUUGCCUUCAAAUUUUGAUGGAGAGAACCUCAUUGAACUCAACUUGCAGCAUAGCAAUAUAGAACACCUUUGGCAAGGGAAAAAGUAUCUUGAAGAGUUGAAGAUCUUGAAUUUAUCAAAAUCUCAACAGUUGAAUGAAAUCCCACACUUCUCAAAUAUGUCAAAUCUGGAGCAACUAGAUGUUGAAGGUUGUAGAAGUUUGGAUAAUGUUGACUCAUCUAUUGGUUUCUUGAAGAAUCUUACUUUGUUGAAUUUGAGAGGGUGCCAAAAGAUUAGGAGCUUGCCAAGUACAAUUCAAAACUUGGUCUCUCUUAAAAGUCUUUAUAUAGAUGGUACUGCUAUUGAAGAAUUACCCUCCUUAAUCUGUCAUCUCACCUCACUUCAAUUGCUAUCUAUUCGUGAAUGUGAAAACUUGAAGAGUCUUCCGAGCAGCAUUUGUAGGUUGAAAUACCUUGAACAACUUAAUCUCUCUGAUUGUUCAAACUUGGAGACUUUUCCGGAAAUCAUGGAGGAUAUGGAAUGCUUAAAGUCACUUUAUUUAAGUGGAACGUGUAUAAAAGAGCUUCCAUCAUCGAUUGAGUUUCUAAAACAUCUCGCUUAUUUGCAGUUAGAGAAUUGUGAAAACUUGAAGAGUCUUCCGAGCAACAUUUGUAGGUUGAAAUACCUUGAACAACUUAAUCUCUUUCAUUGUUCAAACUUUGAGACUUUUCCGAAAAUCAUGGAGGAUAUGGAAUGCUUAAAGUCGCUUUAUUUAAGUGGAACGUGUAUAAAAGAGCUUCCAUCAUCAAUUGAGUUUCUAAAACAUCUCGUUGAUUUGCAUUUAGUGGAGUGUGAAAACUUGAGGAGUCUUCCGAGCAGCAUUUGUAGGUUGAAAUACCUUGAACAACUUCAUCUCUCUGGUUGUUCAAACUUGGAGACUUUUCCGGAAAUCAUGGAGGAUAUGGAAUGCUUAAAGUCGCUUAAUUUAAGUGGAACGUGUAUAAAAGAGCUUCCAUCAUCAAUUGGGUUUCUAAAACAUCUCGUUGAUUUGCAUUUAGUGGAGUGUGAAAACUUGAGGAGUCUUCCGAGCAACAUUUGUAGGUUGAAAUACCUUGAACAACUUCAUCUCUCUGGUUCUUCAAACUUGGAGACUUUUCCGGAAAUCAUGGAGGAUAUGGAAUGCUUAAAGUCGCUUAAUUUAAGUGGAACGUGUAUAAAAGAGCUUCCAUCAUCAAUUGAGUUUCUAAAACAUCUCGCUAAUUUGCAGUUAGUGAAGUGUGAAAACUUGAGGAGUCUUCCGAGCAACAUUUGUAGGUUGAAAUACCUUGAACAACUUAAUCUCUUUGAUUGUUCAAACUUGGAGACUUUUCCGGAAAUCAUGGAGGAUAUGGAAUGCUUAAAGUCGCUUGAUUUAAGUGGAACGUGUAUAAAAGAGCUUCCAUCAUCAAUUGAGUUUCUAAAACAUCUCACUUAUUUGUGGUUAGAGAAGUGUGAAAACUUGAGGAGUCUUCCGAGCAGCAUUUGUAGGUUGAAAUACCUUGAAAAACUUCAUCUUAGUGACUGUCCAAACCUAGUCACAGGGGACAUGGAAAAUUUAAUAAAUCUUGGUUUAUUGGAAACUCAGAAUAUGAUGGAUGGAGUAGCCCUAAGUGAUUUAUGGCGCCUAUCCUUGCUGGAAGAUUUAGAUCUAAGUCAAAACAAUAUGUGUCACAUACCUACUGCUAUUACUCAACUAUGUAAUCUAAGAUGCCUUAAUAUCAGUCACUGCAAGAUGCUUGAAGAAAUUCCAGAGCUUCCAUCAAGUCUAAGAGAAAUAGAUGCACAUGAUUGCCCGAUCUUUGGAACUCUAUCAAAUCCAUUUACUCUUCUCUGGUCUUUUCUCCUCAAAUGGUUCAAGACAGUUGAGCCUCCUUUGAUAUCGAGAAGUAUUAAUCUAGGAGGUAAUGGA